CGGAGCAACUCCCCAUCAGCGCGCUCCUGCCCGCACCGGAGACAUGGGACUGAGGAGUCACCGAGGGGGAAACUCUUCAGCGACUCAACACAACAAACCAAACUAAGGAAAGCAGCUGUGGCUCACCAUGUCGUCCGGACUCUUAAUUUUCUUACCUGAGUUUUUAACUUUAACUCAGUGACUUUUAAAAAAAAAAAGGACCGGAAGAGAAGCUAGAUAAAUGACAUCCGUGCAUUUUUGAUUACCUGGGGCAAAGUGCCACACCUUCGCUCACCAAGACAGCUCCACGACACAGCUAGCCAAAUGGGGUGCCAAUGCUGCCGGAUGAUUAAAAGCUACGUCUACGACCCCUCAGCUCCAGUGGACAUGAGGAAGAGCGACUCCACAGGCAGCUCGCUCUACCAGCCCCAUCGCCGCCCGGGCGGGGCCCCAAACAGAGACCUAUAUGGUGAGGCCAAGCAGAAGCAUGGCUUUCAUAACAUGGCUUACAGCAAGUCCAAUGAGAGCACACUAAAACUAGAAGUUGACAACAACCAUGUCAACCAAAGACUGCACCGUCAGGGGAGUAUACCACCGACAGAGGGAGGGCUCUACAUCAUCCAGCCACAAGGGGUGGGGCAGCAAUGGAUGACGCAGGAAAAAGGUCUGAGCCAGGUGCCCGUGUACCCCAGCGUAGAGAAUUACGAGAUCCAGAGGAGCCAAGCGACGAGUAACGGGUGGACCAGCGCCGAGCACCGGCUCAGCAGCCCAGAGCUUUCAGCAGACGAGAUAGACGAGGGUGUGGGAGGGACCCCGGAGUACCUGUGUGACACGGGGGACGAGGGCAGCGUCUUGUCAGUGGACAUCCAAACCAGCAACACCAGCUUGUCCUCAGGGGGCACGAGGGACGAGCUCACGCUGACAAAGACUCCCGACGUCUCCACGAUGGAGAGCGGGAUCUCGGUGUCGAAGAGCGAGGACGAGGAGCAGGAGGUGCAGAGCAUCACGGACUCGAUGGUGGCAGAGGCUCUCGCUGCUCUGGAGGCCGCCACGGCAGGAGAGGACUAUGAGUGAAGGGCGAAUGCGCUCACCCACCACAUAAAAAAACUCUGAGGACUCAAAAGAGCAUCAAAACCACGAUGAGACGUUGCCACGCUUCUGGAGAAUAACGCUCAUAUCUAAGAACACGGGAAUGAAUGGAAACUCUGUUUACAACAAAGAUAUAUUUUUGAACCCUUGGAUAAUUUUUUUUAAGCUGUGGUUAUACUGACAGAAGAUAAUGUGUGCCUUGUGAAGGAGGCUACAUUUCCAAAGCUGCAAGUUUUGCAUGAAGCCACAACCAAAGAGACGUCAGAGUGCACGCUGAGUUUGACCUGCAGUGCACCCAACACUCCGUACAGUCCCAAUAAGCCUGGAUGUGCUCGUCCACGCACACACACACAGUUAGCGAUACACCACAUGUUGCUUUUAUCAUGUUUGGAUCUUAGUGUUUCUUCUGCAAACACAGUCCCUGCCAUAGGCUGUACAGGAACCGAGCACGUGGAUAAGGAGAGGUCAUCAUGGUUUUGUUCCUUAUAUUUUGUUCUGCUGUUAUUUAUAAAAUCGUACUGCUUUCUAAACUUGAUCUACUGAAUAUUCCGUAAAUGAAGGAUGAGGAGCUGUCUUUUAAUCGAGGCUUAUUCACUCGCUGAUCGUCGCUAUUAUGCACGUUAUGACUGUGUGAAAACAUUUCAUAAACAAGACCAUUUAUUCUAGUCAAUGUGAAUGUAAGAUCAGCUACAGUCAAACUGCUGCUGAGUGAACCUCAGAGGGGUCAUAGCUUCACCCUCUUAGCUUUUUACUUUUAAUUUUUAUUCCACUUUAAGGCUUCUCGUCCAGCCUGUGACGUUAGCUCAGCUCGGUGAUGACCUAACUGAGGCUGGGCGGCAGUACAGAGUGCUUUUUUAACGCCAGCCUCCCCCGUGGCUGCUCAGUGUUCACCAUAGCUCCAUAACCAAGUACACGCUUCUGUCUCUAUUCACUGAAUCUCAUACAAAUGUAAGCCAAAUCCAGCUCUCGAAGGUCUUAUAGCUAUCUUUAUCAGUACUUUGGUUUUGGAACCGCACUCAAGUAAUGUUGAUUAAUCACAAAUAAUAAAUAAGCUGUUCUGAUCAGUUGUGUUUUAAUUUUAUUUUCCCUAUUUGCCCCCAUUUCAGUCAUGGUUUGGCUGCCAAAUGAUUUCUAUUUGUUUGUAUUGUAAAUUAAAAUAAAAGUACUUGAAAAAUUG